AUGGAUGGGCUGGUUCAUUUAUUGGUUUCGAUGGAGGUUGUGUCUGGCGAGGACAUAUGGAAGUGGAUGCUCGAUAUGGAUGGGGUGUUCUUAGUACGCAGUGCAAGAACUACGCUGCAAAGCCUGAGUGUUACGGAUAGUGGAUUCAGUCGUGGUCGUGGUAGUCGUGGUCGUGGUAGUCGUGGUCGUGGUAGUGGUGGUCGUGGUAGUGGUGGUCGUGGUAGUGGUGGUCGUGGUAGUGGUGGUCGUGGUAGUGGUGGUCGUGGUAGUGGUGGUCGUGGUAGUGGUGGUCGUGGUAGUGGUGGUCGUGGUAGUGGUGGUCGUGGUAGUGGUGGUCGUGGUAGUGGUGGUCGUGGUAGUGGUGGUCGUGGUAGUGGUGGUCGUGGUAGUGGUGGUCGUGGUAGUGGUGGUCGUGGUAGUGGUGGUCGUGGUAGUGGUGGUCGUGGUAGUGGUGGUCGUGGUAGUGGUGGUCGUGGUAGUGGUGGUCGUGGUAGUGGUGGUCGUGGUAGUGGUGGUCGUGGUAGUGGUGGUGGUGGUAGUGGUAGUGGUAGUGAUAUGAUGGGCAACACGAAAUUUGAUUUGGUUAAUAUGCACGUGUGCAUAGUUUGCAAUAAUAGUUUAACAAGGUGUUUCUUUGGUGUGAUAUACAGUUAUGCGAACGUGUAUUUCAUCUCGGAAUAUGUUAAUAAGAUCAUCGAUGGAAAAAAAUACAUGGAUUAA